CCCUUCUACCUUCCCCGCAAGAGACCCGAGUCCAGCAGGAAAUUUCUGAUAUAAAUCCCUAUAAAGUUUGCUUCGCUCCUUUUCUGCCAAACCAGGAAACUGCUUCAUUUCAUUCUUCCUCGAGGGGUGGCGCCACGUUUAGAGGACACAUCUCUACGAAGUUUUCUACAAUCUAGUUGAAUGACCAGCUGAGUGUCUGCUGCAAAGAGCCAUCAGUUUAUGCCAAAGAUUGGAAAAGAUAUAAGCCAAAAAGUGGGACGGCCUAGACUCUUACAGUUUGAAGACUAAGGCUUUAUUUGGUUUGGAAUUGAUAGACCAUUUUUUAACAAAGGUUGUGCAGACAAGAAAUUGCAAUAAAUUGCUUUGUUUCCAAGCCUGCAAAGGAAAAUUGUAAUUGAUUUAAACAAGAAGUUGGAGGGCUUCCUAGUUUCUUUGUAGAAAUACACUACACCAAGGUACAUUUCUUUAACUACUUGGUUGGAGCUUUGGGCUGGAGUAGUCGUCGUUCUUACUCCACUGUUCUGGUAUGUCUGAUUUUGUCAACGGUGUAAUAGUUGGUGCUAUAGUUGCGGAGCUGCUGAAAGCUAUUUUGGAGGGAAAGGAAACUGCUAUGAACUUCCGUGACUGCUUUCAUCGGUUGCAAAAGACUGUAGAAACUUUACAAAUUGCAGUAGAGGAGGUUAAACGGUUAGAUGAGGAGUUAAGGGACAACAAACUGGAUGACAAGGCAACAGUUCAAAGACGAGAAAACAUGACUGAACUAGUAGAUUGUUUGGAACAUGGCAAACAUUUAAUCAAUAAGUGUUCGAAGCUGCCAAAUUGGAAAAUCUGGAAGAGACACAUGUAUGCCAAGAAAUUAAUGAAGUUAGAUGCACAGUUGCUAAGGUUUGCAAGUAUGAAUAUGCAGGCCGAAAUUUGGGUGGAUACAAAACAGAUGAUGGCAGAUGCAAAGAGGUUGUACAAGGAAUUCAGUAGCUUGAGCAUGAAGUCUACUUCUCGUAGUGGAAUGUUUAUUUAUUCAAAUUCAAUGCCCCAGCUUCCAAGCAAAAUUGUUGGUCUGAGUGUUCCUGUGGAAGAGUUAAAGAGGAAGCUGCUCUUUGACAAUGUCUCUGUUAUUGGAGUAUGUGCACCUGGAGGAUGCGGGAAGACGACCUUGGCAGCAAAGCUCUGUCGAGAUGACAAAGUACAAGCUGUGUUCGGAGACAUUGUUUUCGUUACUGUUUCUGAGACACCAAACUUGCUAGAGAUAUGUCAAAGACUAUGGGCAAAGCUGGUCAAUGCCAGUUGCAUGCCUCAUUUUAUUAAUGAGGAUGAUGCAAUCGAUCAGUUAACCGACAGUAUAAGCAAGAGAAAGCAAAACCCUGCUCUAGUUGUUCUAGAUGAUGUUUGGUCUGAAUCAGUACUCCAGAGGCUUCUAUUCAGGAAGACGGGCUUAAAAACACUAGUCACAUCAAGAAUCAAUUUUAAAGGUCUUGAUGUAGUUUAUCCUUUACAAAUGCUGGGACAAGAAAAUGCCAGGGAUCUUUUCUGUCAAUCAGCUUUCGCCCCUGAUCAAGCCCUUGAUAAGUUGGAUCAUGAGCUUCUGCAACAGAUGGAACAGAUAGUGAAAGGUUGCAAAGGUCUGCCACUGGCACUAAAAGUAAUUGGAGGCUCACUGAGGCAGGAACCUGUCAGAAAAUGGCGCAAGACAGCACAGAUGCUCCAGCAAGGAAAUCAAAUCUUUGAGAUGCAUGACGAUCUCCUGAGAUGCUUGAGCAGCAGCUUAAACUCCUUGAGUAAAACACUUGCAGAGUGUUUCAUGGACCUGGGUACUUUUCCGGAAGAUGAAAAGAUACCUGCAGCCUCUCUCAUUGAUAUGUGGGUUGAAAUCCAUGGCUUAACUGAGGAUGAUGCGUAUGUUGUUUUGCUUGAACUUGCCAGCAAAAACCUUGUUACACUUGUUGAGAGAACAAGGAGUGAGGCUGGGGAUGUAGAUGGGAGCUUCAGUGACCUCUUUGUUUUUCAGCAUGACCUGCUGAGAGAAUUGGCAAUCUAUACCAGCCGUGUGAACAAUGGCGGUUCGACAAGGCUUAUCUUGAGUGAAGGAGAUCUUCCGAAAAUCUCGCAGCAACAGAAGGAACAAGCAUCGAUGGCUAAGAUUGUUUCCUUCCACACUGGUCAAAUGGGUCCCGGGAACUGGUUUGAUAUACCUUUUCCUCAUGCUGAGGUCUUGAUCCUGAAUUUCUCAGCUGAAUCGUAUUUCUUACCCCCAUUUCUGGAGAAAAUGGAAAAUCUCAAGGUUUUGAUUUGCGCAAACCACAGCGCACGCCCUGCAGAAUUACAUGGCCUGUCUGCAUUGGGUUCCCUGAAGAACCUCCACAGAAUAAGACUGGAGAAAAUAUCAAUCCCUCCUCUUUCUACUUUUACGCAAGCAAUGCAGACAGUGCAGAAGCUAGUAAUGGUGCUCUGUGAGGUCAGUCAAGUCAUUCAUUGGGAUAUUCAUAGCAUCUUUCCAAUGUUAACGGAGCUAGAACUGGACUACUGCCACGGUGUAGAGACAUUGCCUCCUGGAUUAUGCAGUCUUACCAAUCUACAGAAACUAAGCAUAACAAAUUGCCCUGAUCUAGUUGAACUGCCCGAGGGAAUAGGUGGAUUAGGAAGAUUAGAGGUCCUAAGGUUACACUCUUGUUCAAGUUUGGAAGGGCUUCCGGAUUCCUCAUGUGAACUUGGAAGCCUCAGAUUCUUGGAUCUGUCUCAUUGCUCGAGCAUUGAGAGCUUGCCAGAAAACAUUGGCCUGUUGCAGCAUUUGAAAAGAAUUGACAUGAGAUGGUGCUUAGGGCUGAGGGAAGUGCCUACAUCAGUGACACAGUUGGACGGUCUUAGAGCAGUUGAAUGUGAUGAGGAUACUGCUUAUCUAUGGAGGCCUUUUGAGCAUGUGCUCAGCAAAGUAACGUUUCACAUUCCUAAAGAAGAUGUGAACUUGAAAUUUCUUGUAUAAUCGUUCUAGACUAUCCAGUACUCAAUGAAGCUUGGGUCGAAGAUGUGGGCUUCGGGCGAUCUGUUUGUUUCUACUGAGGAAAUUGGCCGACUGCACCAUUCAGAAGAUCAAGAGCACUACUCAUUAUAAAUCAAACGGAUGAAUGUCCUAAUGCCGAUCUCACAUCAGAAACUCAAAUUGCUGCCUUGGAAGUAGGUGAGUUUUACAACCAACACCAUUCCUUUAACCGGGGAAUCCCCUUCCUUAUUAUGUCAGUUCUCGUGAUGAGCCAACCACAGUAAUUUGGUCUCCGACUGAUCUCUGUGUCGGUGAUGGGAGAAGAAACUUUGACACGUACAGUCCACCAAUAUUCCCGUCUGCUGAAGUACUGAUCUUGAACUUCUUCCACGGUUCCUAAAGAACCUCAGAAGCGUGAGGUUGGAGAGGAUAUCAUUACCAAUUCUUCGUACGUUUGCGGAGCCUUUUCUUGGGUUGCAGAAGCUGUCGAUGGUGCUCUGUGAAGUCAGGGAGGGGGAAAGCUCCCCCGUUUUCCAGGUUUCCAACAUAUUUCCAGAGAUGACAGAGAUCGAAAUGGAGUACUGCAGCGAGGAGAAAAGCUCCCAUUUUUUCGACAUUGCAAACAUAUUUCCAGAUAUCACAGAAGUCGAAAUAGACUACUGCAACGGAUUAGAAAGAUUGCCAACUGCAGUUUGCGACAUUCCCAAUCUGAAGAAGCUGAGCAUCACCAAUUGCCAUGAUCUAAUCGAGUUGCCGGAGGCUAGGAUGGGAAAAUUAGAGGUGCUGAGAUUGCGAGCAUGUACAGCAAUGGGGAGCCUGCCAAAAUCCAUUUCUGAACUAAAGAAACUGAAGUUUCUGAAUUUAUCCGAAUGUUCAAACCUUUCGAGCCUUCCUGAAACCAUGGGGGGGCUGCAAGGUUUGGAAACAAUCGACGUGAGGGGAUGCUCGGCAAGGCUGCCCGUAACGGUGAAGCACCUCAAGGGCCUUAUACAUGUCAUUUGUGACGAGGAGACCCAGAAGAUGUGGAAGCCUUUUCUGGUUCACUUUAAACGGCUGGUGCUGUUAGAUGUGCAUAAAGCCGAUGUGAGCUUGGAUUUUCUUCAAUAAAGCACUUGAAUAGUGGCCUUAUACAUGUCAUUUGUGACGAGGAGACCCAGAAGAUGUGGAAGCCUUUUCUGGUUCACUUUAAACGGCUGGUGCUGUUAGAUGUGCAUAAAGCCGAUGUGAGCUUGGAUUUUCUUCAAUAAAGCACUUGAAUAGUGGCCGUGAUCAAGAUACAGAUACAGAUUUCAAGUAACCGAAUAGAAGUCGACGCUGUUUGAUUCUUCUUUUGCCGUAAAUGGUCUAAAAAUAUGAUGGGGAGUUUUGUUUGACAUGAGUGUGCUCAUUUAUUUAUUAACAUGGCAAUGGCAUUUCAUGAUUUCAUC